AUGACCUAUCCCGACAAUGUCUCCUCACAAACCCCAAAGUCACUCGCGGGUGACAUGGUCAGCAUAACAAGGCCGUUGCAUACGAAAAUCAACAAGCUUAUCACGUCCCGACUGCCGCUGGCAAUCCCUCCAAAGGCCCCUGAUUCCGGUCCCUAUGCCUGUGGCCUACUGCACAUUCUCCCGGUAUACAUGACUUUUGAGAAGCUUUGGCUGGAUAUUAUCGAUGCAAUUCCCGCGGACGCGCUAGAUCAUUCAAACUCCAAUGCAGAAAAUGGCAAAGUGCAUAGACUAGAGGUUUCCGAGCGUGUACAUACAAUUCUCAAAGAGAUCUACCUCCCUCAGCUCUUCCGCUCCGACCGCCUCAGGGCCGAUAUCAAAUCCAUGACGGGUUGGUCAGACGAUGUCCUCGACUGCCAAAUCAAGGCUAUAAGGGGGACAGGCCAGCUAUCGGUCUUUACUUCACAUAUCAAACAAGUCGUCCACGCGAAGCCACAUGUCCUCAUCGCUUAUUCGUACAAUUUAUUCAUGGCCCUCUUUGCCGGAGGACGAUUCAUCAGAGCAACCCUCGAGAAAGCCGGCCACGAAUUCUGGAGCGUUGUCCCUGAGCCUAUCAAACCUACUAUGCAGCCAUGCAAAUCAUAUUCUGCCACUACAUAUCCGCUAGAGCCGAUCAACGACUCUCGUUUAGAGCAGGUGACAGAGGAUGAUAUACACUCUCACGACAAGAGUUUGCUGCCGCUACAGUUCUGGAGGUUUGACUCAGAAAAUGACGGCGAAGACCUGAAGCAGGAGUAUAAGGCGAAGCUGCUUCAGUGGGAGAGUGAACUGACGGCUGAAGAGAGGGAGGACAUCCUCCAAGAAUCUCUCAUCAUCCUGGAGAGCAUAGAUCUGCUGGUUGGCCAGCUGGACGCUGUCUGCAGCGACGUGCAGGAGGAGAAGCCAGCCACCCAAAUGCGCGUGAGGCCUUCACUGGCCGGCCUUCUUGGCAACAAUCAAUUUGGGGCACGUCUGCGUGACAGCCUCCUUAUAGCCCGAGAGCGCGGCAUUGGAAACCCCUUCAGGAGACAAUCGCUGGGCGCGCCCGAGAAUGAGAAUAGAGGCGAAUAUGAUGACACUCCAGCAACUAGCACUGACACAGCGUGUUCUGAUGUUCCCAAAUCUAUGAGGUUUGCAAAGUUGCUCCCUAUUCCACCACGCAAGCAUCGUAUUGCUACUGCAAAGGAUGGCAGUUCCAGUCACAAUUUAUAUGUAAAGCCACAACGGCGUGAUGCCAGCGGCACUAUGAUAGGACCAGCGCUGGUGGGAGUAUUUGGUUUGUUUUUCCUUUAUGUACUAUAUAAUCGCGUUGGGGGGGUCACUGGCUGA